AUGCCGUACAAAGAACCGCUGAAGCAAGGCCACACCGUCACCGCUCCAUAUUACGCUGGUCAGCAGAAGAAACUUGCAGAAGCCGCCUCCCAAGAAGACGAAGAAGAAGACGGAGAAGAAGAAGACGGAGAAGAAGAAGACGGGGAAGAAGAAAACGGAGAAGAAGACGGAGAAGAAGAAGACGGAGAAGAAGAAGACGGAGAAGAAUAA